AUGGAAAAAGUCUGGUUCAAGCUCCGUCAAACCGAUUAUCCCCCUUGCCCCGAGGACGCCAUCCUCCAUGGCGACGGCGAUGAUUCCACUGCCCCUCUCUGUCUAGGCCACUUCAUCUCCAACCUCAAAACCCUCGACUUCCCUCUCAACCAUGGUUCAAUCCUCCCCUUUCCACCACUCAUGCGCCCUUUUUGCAGUAGUAUCCUAAACUUCACAUGGGACGAUACAAGAUUAAAGUCUCCGGGGACUAACCUCGCUGCGGGCGCGCCGAUACUUGCAGCUGCAGGCGUCACAGCCAAAGCGAGUCUGCAGUUUGCGUUUAUGAAGACUGUAGAGAGCCAUGAGGAGUAUGAUCGAUUGGACACGUAUAUAGUGCAGCCUACGAAGGGGUAUAUCAAGGAUUGCCUGGAGCAAGACGAGCUGAAAGCCCAUAUUAAGGGAAAGAUCUCGUGGUCGGCGUUUAUGAUCACAGGCAUCAAAGUCGCACGUGCGGGGAAGCGGGAAGCUCAAGAAGAGACCAACGUGGCUGCAGACAUCGGCCCAGAACUGGACCUUCCGCUGGUUGCGACAAUGAGAGCUACAGCCACCAACAAACGCAUCGCCUCCCAGAGAGUCUCUGGAGAGCACCCUGGAGAUUUCAUCUGGGCUAUCCGCCUGGCCAAGAUCCACAAGGGCUUACUAGCAAAGGACUGGUCUGUCGAUCCGUACACUAAGAGAGCUACCUUUGCAGCUGGGGAUGAGAGUGAGCUAAAUGUUGCGAGUGUGUUGCACGGCGAAGGCUUGGAGGGCUUCACAGUCGUGGAGGAUGAUAAGCUUGAUGAGGUUCUUGUUCUAGGUGAAAAUGCGGGUAACUAG